CUCGCUGUUAUUAUUAUUGUUGUUAACUAAAUAAGUACGUAGCAAAAUAAGGACUCAUAUCGAAUAUGAGGUAAACAUACGUGGACAAUUCGGUGGAUUAUCAGUUUGAAUUUUGAAUUGUUGGACAGUCCAACUUGGACUACCAUUGAAUUAGCACUAUCAGUUUGUUUUGGUUUGAAGAGUUAGAGUUUGCGAACUGAAUAAAAUGGCAUUAUCGGCGAGUCAGAAGCUAUGUUUAGGAGUUGUUGGGCUGAACAUGUGUGUCGCAAGUCUGGUCGCUGCAACUUAUUUUGAUGCGAUGGAUGACACGAUCUUGCACAAAAUUAAUUGGGCAGGACCACAUCCGGACGAAAUGUUGGAUCAUCCACUGCAAUCAGAAUCCGAAGGCACAAUCUCAAUGACCACAGCAAGAAAUGAAAAGUAUAGUUGUAAACUUCCAAAACACUUGGAGCAUUCUGGGGAUGACAAUAGCCCUUACACGGGACCAAGUCCAUUGGAACUUUUAUCGCCGCUCUUUACACAAUUUGCAUGCACAUUCAAGUUGGAAACCUACUGGACCUACGAGCUCUGUCACGGCAAAUACAUCCGUCAGUAUCAUGAAGAACGGGAGGGUAAAAAAGUGAAACUUCAAGAGUUCUUUUUAGGACGAUGGGACAAAAAUGACAACGAGAAAGCAAGAUUGAAGAUUGAGGAGGAUUUUUCAAAUCCUGAUUACAAGAAUCAAAUUCCGGUCAAGAAAGUUGACGGUGUGAAUAUGCCGUAUCUACAAAUUAAUAUGACGGACGGUACAUUGUGCGACCUUAAUGGCCAAACAAGAAUGACCAGAGUAUUAUAUGUAUGUUACCCCUUUGGCAAACAUGAAAUCUACUCUUUAGAAGAAACGUCCACCUGCGAAUAUGAAAUUGUUGUCCUUUCGCAAAAUUUGUGCCAACAUCCGGAUUUCAAAUCAAGGGAAACUGGCGAGAAUAUCAUAAAUUGUCACAGCAUCGAUAGUGCACCAAAAAUGCCUAAAGCAUUAGUUGAACUGGAAACGGAAAGUUUUAAAAUUCGUCAUGAGCACUUGCUACAAAAUCUCGAAUCCCUACUGGAAACGAAGAUUACAGGAGAUGUGAAACCAGUCGAGCUAUUUACGGAAGAAGACGAGGAAUCUCUACUAAAACCGUUCAAGCCAGCUUUUCAUGACAAUUCAUUCUUAACCAACUUUUUGAACGGCAAAUCUUGUCUGACUGGGGGCUCUCACUGGUGGAAGUUUGAAUUCUGCUAUGACAAACACGUUCUGCAAUUUCAUGAAGAACCCAACAGCCCUUCUCGGACUGAAAUAUAUCUGGGGAAAUGGGACGUCAACAAACAUAAGGAGUACUUGGACAAGAAUCCACAUAAAAAAUCAAUUUCACUCGCAUCCAAGAAACAAGUUGUUCACUACUACACCGGAGGAGCUGCUUGUGACCAAACAGGUCAACCUCGUGUUGUUGAAGUAAAGUUUAAGUGCAUCGACACUCCAAGUCCAUCUGCAAUAGCUCUGUACCUUUUGGAGCCAAAGACGUGUGAGUAUACUUUAGGGGUCGAGUCAUCUGUAUUGUGUCCCCUUCUGCAAGGGUCGAAUGACUAUGGCCUGUUUGACACGUCAAAAUUUAUCGAGUCGUCUUUAGACUCUAAAGGGAAGAGAAGAAAAACUCCAGAUAUCAGUGGGGAUGAGUAAACUAACGCUUCACGCAAGUCCUAGGAUGGUAUUUGUUCUGUGAUGUUAUAUAACUAGUUUCAUAUGCAACUUGGAUGUACAUAUUGUUGUUUAAAAAAUUAUCACUCGCGUCAUUUUUAUACCGCACUUAAAAUCCACUUGUAAAUUGUGUCAUCCUCAUUAUAUAAAUUGUAUAUAAUUCGUGUACACACAUGGUUUGGUCAGUCAAAUAAUAAAACUAUGAAUUAUUUAUUUAUUUAACAA